ACUCGUCGAGUAACUAUGAGAUUUUUUACUAUCGUUGCCGUUGUGUUUUGUGCGCUCAGCGCCCAGAUGCUCGAAACCGAGAGCGCCAAGAUAUUGGCGACUCUGCCGUUUCCGGGUCGGUCGCAGUACAUCUUUGUGGAGUCCUAUUUCAAGGCUUUGGCCGACAAAGGUCACCAGGUCACUGUGAUCAACGCUUUCAAGAAUAAGCCGUAUCCGAACAUAAGGUUCAUCGAGGCCCUUAAAGUUCACGAAUACAAUGAUGAAAUGUUGGGCUCGCUGAAUGAACCUACUCUGUGGCAACAACUAAACGCGUUUGACGGUAUGAUGAUCAAAAUUACGGAAAUUACUUUGGAAGAUGAAGGUGUUAAGAAGCUACUGGACUCUGGAGAGACCUUCGAUCUUGUGCUGGCAGAGAUGCUUCAAAUGGAACCUCUUUAUGCCCUAGCGCAGCACUUCAACGCAACUUUGGCGGGCUUUUCGAGUUUCGGAGCAGAUGAGAAGGUCGACGAAGCCUUCGGAAAUAUAUCCCCGCUGUCCUAUAACCCACUAGUGACCUCUCCCCGUACCAGUAAAAUGACAUUUUUGGAACGUCUGGAGAACCAAUACGAAGCUGCUGUAGAGUUAAUUCACCGCCAUUGGGUUCAUCUGCCAAAAAUGCAAAAGGUUUACAAAAAGUAUUUCCCGAACGCCAAGAAAACAAUGGAAGAGGCUAUGGAUAGUUUUUCCCUGGUUCUGCUGGGUCAGCACUUUUCUCUGAGCCACCCACGGCCCUUUUUGCCCAACAUGAUUGAGGUGGGCGGACUGCACAUUUCCCACAAACCGAAGCCGCUGCCCGAGGACAUUAAAACGUUUAUUGAAGAAUCAAAACAUGGAGUGAUCUACUUCUCCAUGGGAUCGAAUGUGAAGAGCAAGGAUCUUCCGCAGGAGACCCGGGAAACGUUACUGAAAACAUUUGCCAAGCUGAAGCAGCGAGUGUUGUGGAAAUUCGAGGACGAUGAUAUGCCGGAAAAACCAGACAACGUAUUGAUUAAGAAGUGGUAUCCCCAACCCGACAUCCUAGCACACCCCAAUGUAAAAAUGUUCAUCACCCAUGGAGGCUUGUUGAGCACCAUAGAAAGUAUUUAUUUUGGAAAGCCCGUGCUGGGCUUGCCGGUCUUCUAUGACCAGUUCAUGAAUGUUGGACGCGCCCAGAGAAUUGGUUUCGGAUUGGGACUAGAUCUAAACAAUCUAAAGCAAUCAGAAUUGGAAGAGUCUAUCCAAAAGAUUUUAUCUACGCCCAGUUUUGCAAAAGUGGCAGCUUCCCUCGGAGAGCAGUAUCGGGAUCAGCCGCAACCUGCUUUGGAACGCGCUGUCUGGUGGACGGAGUAUGUACUCCGACACAAGGGUGCCCCUCAUCUGCGAUCAUCAGCCAGGGAUCUUAACUUCUUCCAGCUUCACAGUCUGGAUACCCUGGCAGUACUUUUGGGAGUACCUAUUCUGGCUAUUCUCAUCCUCAUCAAACUGUCCAGUAAAUUGAUUCGAAGCAAACCUAAAAAGUGCCCCCACGCUGAUAAGCUAAAAAAACAGUAGAGCUUUGUUUAUUGUUUGCUGUUUUAAGUGCCUCGUAGUCUUAUCAGUCUUAUCGCCUUCGCUUGUUGAAAAUAUAUUAUUUUUAUUGCCAUAA